AUGGCCAAAACAGCUUUCGUCACGGUUGGCUCUACCAAGUUCGACGACCUGGUGACGGCGUUCUCUCGCGAAGACGUAAUAUCCAGCUUGCAGUCGAAGGGUUACACCAGGCUUAACAUCCAGUGCGGACAUUCAUAUGCAUCCGACUCCGGCACAUAUCCCCAACUUCAAGACGUGAGGGUGAUCGAGACCGGAGGGUUGCGCAUUGAGCAGUUUCGGUUCAAACCUUCGCUGGAGGAAGACUUCAGGUCUGCGGAUCUCGUCAUCAGCCAUGCAGGAUCUGGCACAAUCUUGGAAGUGCUGCGCAUGGGCAAACCGCUGAUCGUCGUGCCGAACUCUACACUUAUGGACGAUCAUCAGACGGAGCUUGCUGUCAAGCUGGAUCAGUUAGGGUAUCUGAAGGCCAGCACGGUCAGCGAUAUAGCGCGAGCCAUUGCCGAUUUCAAUGCGAGCGAAAUUGUCCCCUUCCCUGGCUUUACCCCAGAAAGGUUCUCGUCGUUGCUGAACAAGGAAAUGGGCUUUUGA